AUGAUCCGAGGAGAGGCCAGCUGGCCCUGGAUGUAUAGGCUUAUCUUCUGUUCCUUUAAAGUUGCCAGGUACCUCAUCCCCAUCUGUGAUCUCCUCAAGGUGGAUGUACGGGGACCCCCUAUGCACCGAACCCAAUAUGUUCAUUCCCCGUAUGAUCGUCCUGGUUGGAACCCUCGGUUCUGCAUCAUCUCGGGGAACCAGCUGCUCAUGCUGGAUGAGGACGAGAUACACCCCCUUCUGAUCCGGGACCGGAGGAGCGAGUCCAGUCGCAACAAACUGCUGAGACGCACAGUCUCCGUGCCGGUGGAGGGGCGGCCCCACGGCGAGCAUGAAUACCACUUGGGUCGCUCGAGGAGAAAGAGCGUCCCAGGGGGGAAGCAGUACAGCAUGGAGGCCGCCCCUGCUGCACCCUUCCGGCCCUCGCAAGGCUUCCUGAGCCGGCGGCUAAAAAGCUCCAUCAAACGGACGAAGUCACAACCCAAACUUGACCGGACCAGCAGCUUUCGCCAGAUCCUGCCUCGCUUCCGAAGUGCUGACCAUGACCGGGCCCGGCUGAUGCAGAGUUUUAAGGAGUCACACUCCCACGAGUCCUUGCUGAGUCCUAGCAGUGCGGCUGAGGCCUUGGAGCUCAACUUGGAUGAGGAUUCCAUUAUCAAGCCAGUGCACAGCUCCAUCCUAGGCCAGGAGUUCUGUUUUGAGGUAACAACGUCAUCAGGAACAAAAUGUUUUGCCUGUCGAUCUGCGGCCGAAAGGGACAAGUGGAUCGAGAAUCUGCAGCGGGCAGUAAAACCCAACAAGGACAACAGUCGCCGGGUAGACAAUGUGCUAAAGCUGUGGAUCAUAGAGGCCAGGGAGCUGCCCCCCAAGAAGCGGUACUACUGUGAGCUUUGCUUGGAUGACAUGCUGUAUGCUCGCACCACCUCCAAGCCCCGCUCGGCCUCGGGGGACACUGUCUUCUGGGGCGAGCACUUCGAGUUUAACAACCUGCCGGCUGUCCGUGCCUUGCGGCUGCAUCUGUACCGUGACUCGGACAAAAAGCGCAAGAAGGACAAGGCGGGCUAUGUUGGCCUGGUGACUGUGCCUGUGGCCACCCUGGCUGGGCGCCACUUCACAGAGCAGUGGUACCCUGUAACCCUGCCGACGGGCAGUGGGGGCUCUGGGGGUAUGGGGGGCUCAGGAGGGGGAGGGGGCUCAGGGGGAGGCUCAGGGGGCAAAGGCAAAGGAGGUUGCCCGGCUGUGCGGCUGAAAGCACGUUACCAGACAAUGAGCAUCCUGCCCAUGGAGCUAUAUAAGGAAUUUGCGGAAUAUGUCACCAAUCAUUAUCGGAUGCUGUGUGCAGUGUUAGAGCCCGCCUUGAAUGUCAAGGGCAAGGAAGAGGUUGCCAGUGCCCUGGUUCACAUCCUGCAAAGCACAGGCAAGGCCAAGGACUUCCUUUCAGACAUGGCCAUGUCUGAGGUGGACCGGUUCAUGGAGCGGGAGCACCUCAUAUUUCGCGAGAACACACUCGCCACUAAAGCCAUAGAAGAGUACAUGAGACUGAUUGGUCAGAAAUACCUCAAGGAUGCCAUUGGGGAGUUCAUCCGUGCUCUGUAUGAGUCUGAGGAGAACUGUGAGGUGGACCCCAUCAAGUGCACAGCAUCCAGUCUGGCAGAACACCAGGCCAACCUGCGAAUGUGCUGUGAGUUGGCCCUGUGCAAAGUGGUCAACUCCCACUGCGUGUUCCCGAGGGAGCUGAAAGAGGUGUUUGCAUCUUGGAGACUGCGCUGCGCAGAGCGGGGCCGGGAGGACAUCGCUGACAGGCUGAUCAGCGCCUCACUCUUCCUGCGCUUCCUCUGCCCAGCCAUUAUGUCGCCCAGUCUUUUUGGGCUCAUGCAGGAAUACCCAGAUGAGCAGACCUCACGAACUCUCACACUCAUCGCCAAGGUCAUCCAGAAUCUGGCCAAUUUUUCCAAGUUUACCUCAAAGGAGGACUUCCUGGGAUUCAUGAAUGAGUUUCUGGAGCUGGAGUGGGGUUCCAUGCAGCAGUUCCUGUACGAGAUCUCCAACCUAGACACGCUGACCAACAGCAGUAGCUUUGAGGGUUACAUCGACUUGGGCCGAGAGCUUUCCACACUGCAUGCCCUGCUCUGGGAGGUGCUGCCCCAGCUCAGCAAGGAAGCCCUCCUGAAGCUGGGCCCGCUGCCCCGGCUCCUCAAUGACAUCAGCACGGCUCUGAGGAACCCCAACAUCCAAAGGCAGCCAAGCCGCCAGAGUGAGCGGCCCCGGCCUCAGCCCAUGGUGCUGCGGGGGCCGUCGGCCGAGAUGCAGGGCUACAUGAUGCGGGACCUCAACAGCUCCAUCGACCUUCAGUCCUUCAUGGCUCGAGGCCUCAACAGCUCUAUGGACAUGGCUCGCCUCCCUUCCCCAACCAAGGAAAAGCCACCCCCACCCCCACCUGGUGGGGGUAAAGACCUGUUUUACGUGAGCCGCCCACCCCUGGCCCGUUCCUCGCCAGCAUACUGCACAAGCAGCUCGGACAUCACAGAACCAGAACAGAAGAUGCUGAGUGUCAACAAGAGUGUGUCCAUGCUGGACCUGCAGGGUGACGGGCCCGGUGGCCGCCUCAACAGCAGCAGUGUUUCCAACCUGGCGGCUGUCGGGGACCUGCUGCACUCGAGCCAGGCCUCGCUAACAGCGGCCUUGGGGCUGCGACCUGCACCUGCCGGACGCCUCUCCCAGGGGAGUGGCUCAUCCAUCACAGCAGCUGGCAUGCGUCUCAGCCAGAUGGGUGUCACCACGGACGGUGUCCCUGCCCAGCAACUGCGCAUCCCCCUCUCCUUCCAGAACCCUCUCUUCCACAUGGCUGCCGAUGGGCCAGGCCCCCCAGGGGGCCACGGAGGAGGUGGUGGCCACGGCCCACCCUCCUCCCAUCAUCACCAUCACCACCAUCACCACCACCGAGGUGGAGAGCCCCCUGGGGAUACCUUCGCCCCGUUCCAUGGCUAUAGCAAGAGUGAGGACCUCUCCUCUGGGGUCCCCAAGCCCCCUGCUGCCUCCAUCCUUCACAGCCACAGCUACAGCGACGAGUUUGGACCGUCUGGCACUGACUUCACCCGUCGGCAGCUCUCACUCCAGGACAACCUACAGCACAUGCUGUCCCCUCCCCAGAUCACCAUUGGUCCCCAAAGGCCAGCCCCCUCAGGGCCUGGAGGUGGGAGUGGUGGUGGGGGCAGCAGCGGGGGUGGCGGGGGCCAACCACCUCCAUUGCAGAGGGGCAAGUCUCAGCAGUUGACAGUCAGCGCUGCCCAGAAACCCCGGCCAUCCAGUGGGAAUCUAUUGCAGUCACCAGAGCCAAGUUACGGCCCCGCCCGUCCACGGCAACAGAGCCUCAGCAAGGAGGGCAGCAUUGGGGGCAGCGGGGGCAGCGGUGGCGGAGGAGGGGGUGGGGGGCUCAAGCCCUCCAUCACUAAGCAGCAUUCUCAGACGCCAUCCACACUGAACCCCACAAUGCCAGCUUCCGAACGGACAGUGGCCUGGGUCUCCAAUAUGCCUCACCUGUCGGCUGACAUCGAGAGUGCCCACAUUGAGCGGGAAGAGUACAAGCUCAAGGAGUACUCUAAAUCGAUGGAUGAGAGCCGGCUGGACAGGGUGAAGGAGUACGAGGAGGAGAUCCACUCACUGAAGGAACGGCUGCAUAUGUCCAACCGGAAGCUGGAAGAGUAUGAGCGGAGGCUGUUGUCUCAGGAAGAACAGACCAGCAAAAUCCUGAUGCAGUAUCAGGCCCGACUGGAGCAGAGUGAGAAGAGGCUGAGGCAGCAGCAGGUGGAGAAGGACUCACAGAUCAAGAGCAUCAUUGGCAGGCUGAUGCUGGUGGAGGAGGAGCUGCGCCGGGACCACCCCGCCAUGGCUGAGCCGCUGCCUGAACCCAAGAAGAGGCUGCUCGACGCUCAGGAGAGGCAGCUUCCCCCCUUGGGUCCAACAAACCCGCGUGUGACGCUGGCCCCACCUUGGAACGGCCUGGCCCCCCCAGCCCCGCCCCCCCCACCCCGGCUACAGAUCACCGAGAACGGCGAGUUCCGAAACACCGCAGACCACUAG